AUGGAAUUGUGCCAGCUCUUAACCCGCGUCACGGCCACUGCACAGCGCCCGACCCGCAACAAGUCGCACGCGGGGGAGCUGCUGCAUGGCUAUGUGGCGGAAUCAAACUCAGACCCCUCACAGCCGGUGGUGCGCCUCGCGGCGCCCGAGCAGCUGCGUGCGGCGUUUGCAGAGGCGGGCGUGCCGCUGCAGCUCUCAGAGGGCCAGGAGCCCGCGGGCGUUGACUCUCUGAUGGGGGCGCUGCGGCAGGUGCUGCGGUACAGCACCAGGACGUCACAUCCCCUGUUCUACAAUCAGCUGUACGCACGUGUAGAGCCCGCGGGCCUCGCGGCCGAGUGGGCGGCGGCGGCCACCAACACAAACGUGCACACCUACGAGGUGGCGCCGGUGUACACCCUCCUAGAGGGCGAGGUGGUCUCCAAGAUGGCGUCCCUCGUCGGCUUCCCCGAGGGCUCGCGAGACGGCCUGCUGGUUCCAGGCGGCAGCGCCUCCAAUCUCUACGCCCUCCACCUCGCCCGCCACCGCGCGGUGCCCGAGUCGCGCGCCCGCGGCCUCGCCGGCGGCCCGCCGCUGUGCGCGUUCACGUCGGGCCAGAGCCACUACUCCUACACAAAGGCGGCCGCGCUGACCGGGCUCGGGACGGACAACAUGGUGGCGGUCGGGUGCGAUGCGCGGGGCGCGCUGGUGCCGGCAGCUCUGGAGGCGGCCAUUGAUAAGGCGGAGGCGCGGGGGCAGAAGCCGUUCUUCGUUGGCCUCACUGCGGGCACCACGGUGACGGGCGCCUUCGACCCCUUCAAGGAGGUGGCUGAGAUAUGCCGCCGCCGCGGGCUGUGGCUGCAUGUGGACGGCUGCUGGGGGGUCGAGGAGGCCGACUCCUUCGCAUGGAACGCACACAAAAUGAUGGGCGUGCCGCUGUCAUGCGCGGCCUUCAUGACCCGCCACAAGGGUCUGCUGCAGGCGGCCAACUCGUCGGGCGCCACCUAUCUCUUCCAGCCUGACAAGCUGUUUGGGUCCCUCGACAUCGGCGACAAGUCCCUGCAGUGCGGCCGCAAAUCAGACGCACUGAAGCUCUGGCUGCAGUGGAAGGCGGUAGGGGACGCGGGCUGGGAGGCGCGCAUCGACCAUUGUGUGGCACUGGCGGAGCACUUUGAGGCGGCCCUGACGCACCCCAGGUGGCGCGGUGCCUUUGAGCUAGUGAUGCCGCGCUCAUGCACAAACGUCUGCUUCUGGUGGGUCCCGCCCUCGCUGCGCCCCUGGCGCUGCGGCGAGGGCGCAGCGCAGCGGCAGCGGGACGCGCUGGGCGCCGUGGCGCCGGCGAUCAAGGCGCUUAUGCAGGCCAAGGGCGACGCGAUGAUCGGGUUCCAGCCCUUGGGGUCCCACCCCAACUUCUUCCGCAUCGUCUUCGCCAACGCCUGGACCACCAGCACUGAGAUGCUCGAUGACCUGCUGACUAGGAUAGACGCCUACGGCAUGCAGGUCGCGAGCGCCCCCGCCGCCGCCGGCGCCGCUGCCGGCGUCGGCAUCGGCGCGGCUGCUGACGUCAGCGCCAGGCCGUCCGAGGCGGCGAAGGCGUUCUGCGGCUGCGGGGCCGGCGCGGCCGCGGCUGCGCCGGCCGCGCCUGCGCUGGGGGCGCCUGCGGCGGCGGCGGGGAGGCGGGUCUCUAAGAGCUCAGAGGAGGCAGCGACAGAGGGCGUGGCCGCAGUCUGA